UGAGGGUGACAUAAUACCCCGAUUUUAUGCAACAAGUGAGCAGGUGUUACAUGAAGUGUUACAGUAUUUUAAUUAGACAAGUGAAUAUUAGCAAUACAUUGCACCAUACAUGAAUUUUGGAACUUUGAAAACAUGUCAGGAAACCCGGGAGAUCAGUAUAAGAUUUUUGCACUGAUGUGUGCAUUCUGCAUUGUAAAUGCGGCACAAGAGCCUAAAAUUAAGGAUAUAAAAGCUUUAUCAGAUAAGCUUAUAGCUGAUUAUAGCAAAUAUAUUUUACCAUCGGAGAACCGCCACGGUCCAUUCAAUUUAACUAUUUUUGUGAGACUUGAAGCAGUCGGCAACAUAGAUGAGAUAGAAGAAAAACUGUCUACAGUGUUGAAACUUUUGUAUAUGUGGACAGAUGAAAGUAUUAAGUGGAGUCUAGAUGAUACGAAUGUCAGCUAUAUAACACUUGGCUGGUCAGACGUAUGGAAGCCGGUAUUACGAGUGACCAACCCUCAGACCGACUCUUCGAAUACACAGUAUCGUGAUCGUUCUUAUGAGACUGUUUUCUUUAAUCAUGAAGGACUGGCUUAUUAUAUGGAAAUGAUGACUACAAGAACGUCCUGUGACAUGGAUAUGUCGUAUUAUCCAUUUGACACACAAACAUGUGACAUAAACAUGGAACUUAUUGAAGCAAGCAAGUUUCCUUUCAAUCUUGAUGUAUCGCUAUUCGAAGGAAUUAGUGACGCUGACCAUGGUUCUUGGGAUCUAAUCAGCAUGAAUAUUUCAUCUGAUGAUGGUUCCUUUUUUAUCGAACUUAAAUUUAAAAGACGGCCAUUAUUCAUUCUAUUGAAUAUUGUUCUACCCCUUUUUAUAUUGGCUUUACUCACACCUAUUGUUUUUCUUUUACCAAAGAAAUCUGGAGAACGGGUAGGGUAUGCAGUGACCAUGCUACUAGCCAUUUCUGUAUAUAUGACUAUAGUAAGUGAACAUUUGCCAGAGAAUUCUAAUCCAGUACCUCUAAUGCCAAUAAUGAUAUUCGGCUGGUAUGUUUUUGACGCUUUUGUUGUCUUAGUUGUUAUUAUCAACACAAAACUCAAUCUCACACGUUCGAGAAAACAAGUUCCAUUGCCAUGCUGUAAAUUUGUUCUGCUUACCAGGAAACUUUUAUGUCAAAGGAAUGAAAACGUUACAGACAAAUGUACGACAGAUGAAAGACAAAAGUGUAUUGAAAUGGAAAGUGUUGAAAAGAACGAAGAAGAUACUGAAGGAAGCGAAAUAAUGCAUAAUGCGUCAUUUGAAGAACCUAUAAUGUACAAUGUCACGUGGCAGGAAUUAAGUCAUGCUGUUGAUAAAUGGUGUUUUGUGAUUAGUUAUCUAGUUAAAAUCGCCCUUCCUCUCAUAUUCCUUACAGUAAUGAAAUGUAACAGCAGGGAAUAACUCUUCUGCAGUUACCAAAACAAUAAACAAUACUGCUAAGCCGAAAUGGAAUAUAUCGUUAAUGGUCCAUGAUUCAACCCGAAUUUUCAUAACGAUGUUAUCGAUAUCUCGGAUGACGUACUGUAUGGUAAUUGUUUCGCUUCGGUGAUUGUGUUAUGUAUUAAUAAUCAUUUCAGCAAAAAUAAUGUUUAAAUAGGUAAAUUUUAUACGGAAACAUAUACAACUGACCAGAAAUCCAGUAUUCUAAUGGUUCAAAAAGAUAUCAGAAGAAUAAUACUCUAUUAUUUAAAACAAACCAUUAAAUAUACUUUUCUUGUGACGCCAGCUGAUUUCCUUUCUUUUUCGUGAAUGAAAGUGACUAGAAAAUUGUGCUAAAUAAUGUUUACUUCAGACUAGCAUCUCUCAAGUUCUUAACACUAUAUUCAAAAAGAUGUUUAUGACAAAUUCGUUACAGCUAAACACGGAAAUGUGUAUAUCAAUACAAGUAAUAUAAAAUGACAGCAUAUGUACCUAAAGUGGAUAGCUUUGGUCUAAUAUAUGACACGCUCUGACCUAAAUUUGGCAGACAUAGAUCACAGUACCCUUAUUGUUGUCGUCAUUUCGUAAAUACCUGGACUGAUAUUGUGAAAAAAGCAAUAAACAAUGAAUACCAUGUUACCUAUUUCAUUAUAUACUUAUCAAUUUUCUGUCUUAAAACAGUAUGUAUUUCACUAACGAAUACAAAACCCUACAUUCAAUUUCCACCGGAUACAGAAAAAUGUUUAAUCGGAAAUGACGUAAUGAUGGUAUCUCGUUAUAUGCGUAAAAAUAUUCACCCUUUCAAACGAGUUUUCAGUGUUACUUAUCUGAAAUGAAAGUCAUUUAAUUUUGACUCAUGUAACACUAGAGAGAUGUAUAUGAUAAAUAAUAAAACAGUACCUUCAUCUGCAACGAUUCAUUCGUCUAACGUGGAUUUUGCCAGGCCAAAUCACGCUGGACGCCUCGUGGAGUUCAGGCUUAACAAAUCUACGUGAGCCGAAUACAACAUUGAAGAUCGAGAUACUGUUAUAAUUACCCUAUAAUAUUGUGUAGUUAUUUUUGAAUUUGUUAAUUUGUUCACAUGCUUAAGAUGUUAACCCUUGGUAACCAGAGUGUAUACUGGGUCUGUACUAUAUUUCAAGUAUAACGUAUGAAAUAUGUCUAAUUGAUUGCCAGUAAAAGUAGUGUGUGUGUGUGUGUGUGUGUGUG